AUGGAGAACACGAUGGAUACAGAUGGGGCAUAUGAUAGAAGGGGCGAGGGACAAGGACAAGAUGACACAAUGGGUGGUACCGAAGAAACACAAUCGCAUACCCCUACGCACAACAAUGGCUUCAACAAUUCAGGUCGACAACAUGGGCAGUCGCAGUCUGCUGAUUUUCCUUCCCAUCAAGGCUACUCUGCAUCGCCAACUGCAGACGUAGAUCCGAACGCUAGAUAUCCUACUCCCCCAACGGCCUUUCCCCCCUCAAUCUCUCGACCCAACUCGAGCUUGUCUGGUAACGGCGGAUACAGCAACAUGCCGGCCGCAUACCAAGAUCCGAAUGCUCGAGGCGCAGCAGGCGCAGACCAAAACCGGAAUAAGAACAGUGUCGUCAUUAAGGUUGGUAUGGUCGGGGAUGCACAAAUCGGCAAGACAUCUUUGAUGGUCAAAUACGUUGAAGGCAGCUGGGACGAGGACUAUAUCCAGACGUUGGGAGUCAAUUUCAUGGAGAAGACGAUUUCAAUACGCAAUACUGAAAUUACAUUCUCGAUCUGGGAUUUGGGAGGGCAACGGGAGUUCGUGAACAUGCUGCCUCUAGUAUGCAAUGACGCAGUGGCUAUUCUAUUCAUGUUCGACUUGACACGGAAGAGUACCCUGAAUAGUAUCAAGGAAUGGUACCGGCAAGGCAGAGGCUUUAACAAGACUGCAAUCCCCUUCCUGGUGGGAACGAAAUAUGACCAUUUCGUCAAUUUCCCCCGCGAAGACCAAGAAGAGAUCUCAAAUCAGGCACGGAGAUUUGCAAAAGCAAUGCGAGCAAGUCUCAUCUUCAGCAGCACAAGCCAUAGUAUCAACGUUCAAAAGAUAUUCAAAAUCGUCCUUUCGAAGGCCUUUGACCUGAAAUGCACAAUCCCUGAGAUCGAAAACGUUGGCGAGCCGCUUCUUCUCUACCAAUCCGUUGGCUAA